GUUAGUUGUUGUUAUUUUUUAAGUGAUUUAUUUAAAAUCAGGCGAUUAUUCUAGUUCCCUAUAGUGAGCUCGGGGUCCUCAGGAUGCGGUGUGGAGGAGCUGCCGGACAUUAGAGUGGACGGUGGACAGUCCAGGAGGGAGGAGUGAUGUGAGUGUGAUGAUGGAGCAGACAGAAGACUGGAAGAUUCCGGCUUUAAACACAGAAACACAGCAGAUGCUGAAAACAGCACUGACCGACCCCAGCACAGUGGACCUGGUGAAGUUGUGUGACCUGAUAGUGGACCAGGCUCUGAAGGACUCGUCCCUGUGCAGAGACGCUGGACAUGUCUGUUGUACCUUAGUGCAGGUGGAGGCAAAGCGGAGCAGCACGAGUGUGUUCAGGAGGAACGUGCUGACUCGGCUGCAGCAGGAGUUCUCGAGACGAGAGGAGACACGCCAGCGCUCGCUGCAUGAGUGGGUGUGUGUCGUCUCGCUCCUGUGUAACGUCUUCGACAGUCUGAAGGUCAACAACAGCCCCAUGGCAGCACUGGUGGAUCCGGUGUAUGAUUGUUUGUUCAGAUUGGCUCAGCAUGACGCUCUGGUUAAUGAAGUGGAGGUGGACUGUUUGGCUCUGCAGCUCCACCGUGUUGGUGAGCAGCUGGAGAAGCUGAACAGCAGGCGGAUGGACGAGCUCUUCUUCCUGCUGAGAGACGGCUUCCUCCUUCAGGACGAUCUGAGCUCCAUGAGCCGACUGCUGCUGCUGGAGCUGCUGGAGUGCCGCGCCGCUAGCUGGAAUCUGAGCAGAAACGCUCAUCGCUAUUACUACAGUGAGGUGGUGGAGUGAGGAAGUCUGGGCUCGUGGAUCUGAGCGUGAUCUAGCUCCAGGAGGAUGAGGAUCUGGACUGUGGAAGGAGGAACAAGAGCGAGGAGCUCCAAGGAGGGGUUCAUCCUGCUGUCUGGAGAUGUGGUGUGUGUGUGUGUGUGUGGUGUUUACAGAUGUGAUUGCUGUGUUUCAGGUGAUUGAGAUGAUUGUGUCAGUGAUGUGGAUCUGCUAGGAAAGACACGAUGUUCUGAGAUGAAGAGUGUUUUCUGCUCCUCACCGUUAGACUGCUGUUGGUUUUCGUUAAAACUUUAUAAUGAAGUGAAUUUGAUUUCUUUAUACUGUGACACACUGAUCAUCACCAGCACUGACUUCACUCAGAGUUCACAUCAAUCUGCUGUUGGGUUUUAUAUUAACAUUUUCAAUGACAGUUUUGUAGAUUUGUACUGUUUAAAAAUAAAUACAUUCCUAUUUAUUGUC